UUUACAGGGGUGUAAAUAGAUUCUUACACUCAUAUUAAGAUUACGUUUUCCUCAUUUUUAUAUUAAGAGUGUUUAGCUCGGGGCUAAUGUCACAUAUGGUCUAAAAGCAUGUGUUGUUUUGGGAGCGGCCGCGCUCCCUAUGUGGAGGGCGUGAUGACACUGACGCGUAUGACGUGGCGAGCUGGAGCAGCUGAACUGAUCUCUUCACUUCAAAUCAGAUCAUAGUCGCUUUCUGUUGGCGCUUUUUAAACAAUAUUGUGUGUUAAAAUGGAGGUAAAUACAUGUAACAUUCAAGUGCUCCUGCAAGCAGCUGAAUAUUUGGAAAGGAGAGAAAGAGAGGCCGAGCACGGUUAUGCUUCAGUGCUUCCAUUUUACAGUAAAGGAGAAUCGGAUAAGAGAAAGAAGCAGAAAUCAAAGGGUCAUUCACCCGGCAACAACAGGUCCGUUCACAACGAAUUGGAGAAACACAGGAGAGCUCAGCUGAGGAAUUGUCUGGAUCAGCUGAAGCAGCAGGUUCCUCUGUCCUCUGAUUCAGCGAGGAACACAACCCUUAACCUGCUCAGACAAGCACAGGUGCACAUCAAGAAACUGCAGCAACAGGAUGAGCGUGCCGAGUUGCUGAAGAAUCGUCUGCGCUGGGAGCAGAGAGAACUGCGGAUAAGGCUGGAGAAACUCCAGGGCAACACAGAGAGGAUGCGCAAUGACAGCCUUGGAUCAGCCAUGUCCUCCGAGAGGUCUGACUCAGACAGAGAGGACGUUGAAAUUGAUGUUGAAAGCAUGGUGUGGACUCUGGAGUCAGAUGGACUGGGAUCAUCUCACGCUGAGGUGGACCACAGCUAUUCCUCAUCCGAUCAUAACUGGUUAUGACUGGAUCAGACCCUCCCAGGCCUAGAGACAUUACAAAACGGUAUUAAGAGGACGAGGAACAUCACGACAGCACUCACAGUUUGAUGGGCUUUGCCUUUGUAGCUGCAGAAAAGCCUUACCUUUCUCACAUUUUGAACCAACUGCCGCAAACCUUUCCAAAGCAUGACUGGAAUAUUUUGUGUAGUGUAUUCUUCACAAAUUGGCAUUAUGGUGCUCUGGUGUACCAUACACUCCGCAUGCCACUUAUUUGUUUUUCCUGACAAGUUAUGAUCACAUCGUCUUCUAUCCAGCUAAUGAGCUUCACUUUAGGGUCAGCCUGCAGUACACAUUUGCUUGCACUUAAAUCUUUAUUAUCCGGCUUAUUUAAUUUGUUCGUUGUUAUUCAUUAAGUCUAGUUUUGACACAUUGCACAAAGCAGACGCAUGAGCACUUGCUAUGUCUUCACAUGUGUGUUGUUCCCUUGAGGAUUGCUAAUGUGUGAUAUGUUUAUCAGCGUUUGAUAUGAUUUUUUUCUAAUGGGGAGGCUAAUUCAUAGGAUACGUUGCAAUUCAGAUGCAGAAAAUGCUUUCUUCAGAUCAAUGGAUUUUGGGAUUCAUAUUUUUUUCUCUUUUUUUUUUUUAAAUGAGUUUGUUACUGGGUAGAGCUUGGCUUUAAAUGAUUGUUGAUGAACUGCUAUCUUGUAUCGCCACAACUUUUAUUUUUCAUACUUUUUUAUAAAAUCCUGUGCUUUGGUUUAUUUGAGUAAAUCGAAGUUGGUGCUAUUCGAACAACAAGCUAUUACGCUGAGCCCUAAAACAGAAGCCAGAAAAAGAUUAUAUAGUGAAGUAUUUUUUUGUAUAGUAGAGAUAAAACGUGAACGUUCCCCUGAAACGUGUUAGUUAAUGCUCAUGUAAAAGAGUCUCUUUAUUACCUUUUUUAUUUUAUUACACCUUUACAGUAAUUUAGUACAUCGGUAGUAUUGACAAAAUACCCAAGCUGUAUUUGCAAACUGUUCAAUAUGUGCUCAUAUCACUCAUUUAUGCAAACUAUUAUGGACAUGCCUUUUGUUUGAAGAUGUUUGUACAGUAAUCGUUGUAACGUACACAUCAAAAUGUACAUUGUAUAUACAUUGGACACCAAAUGCCUUAUGAACUAAUGGUAUGUCAUUGGACCAAGAACACCUUUGUAUUUAUGUCUCUCCUUGUACUCAUAUGUAGCAUUUUAUUCUUUUUACCAACAUAAACGUUU